GGGAGAGCGACGGCCUGCUCCCUGCUCCCAUUCCUCCCUCGCAGGAACCCUAGCCGCCGCCCUCUUGCACUCUCCACCCCACUUGCCGACGGCGCCGUCUCCUUCUCCCCGUUGUCUGAGCCAGGACCUCCGUUCCUCUUUCGUCGCCGGCCUCGCCGCUGCCACUGCUCACCGUCGCCGUCGCUAUCCCCGGGAGGAGCGCCAGGGCAUCGCCCCCCCCCCCCACGUGUCUAGGGUUUCGGCCUCCGCGUCUCCUCCAGCACCGGCGACCCUCCCCGUGACUCCGUCGCCAUCAAGGCUCCUCCGAUGCCAUCAAGGCUCCUCCGACGCCAUCAAGGCUCCUCCGACGCCAUCAAGAGUGAGGAGGACGAGGCCCAGCCAUGGAGAGUGGCCAGAGGAUCAAGGACGGCCAACCCUUGCCUCCUCUCCAGCACGUGUUGGGGAUUACGAGCGGCGUACAUGAAGAAGCAGGAGCAAAGCAAAUGCAGGAUUCCAUGGGUCGUUGUGGUGCCUGUUGGGUCUUUGGUGUUGUGGAGUGUCUGCAAGAUCGUCUAUGCAUUCCUCGCGGCAUGGACCGUUAGUAAGGUUGAUCAUCGGCAAGCGAAAGUGCUUUGUGGAUACUUGCACGACCAAGGAAGGAAUUUGUAUUUGAAGUAUGCACUUGGGAUAUUGCAAGCUGAAGUCUUUGUCAUUCUAUGUGCAGUGUCAAUGCGAACUACCAGAGUCACAUGAGGCUCACAAUGAGCAGCAAUAUUAGCGCCACUCGGGUCCAGUGUUGCUAACUUGAUAUUUACCCUGUUUACCUGACACCAUCAGGUCUAAGGCAUUAGUAUUCUCUUCUUAUUGUACCUGGCAAUAAUUAGAGAACCAGCUUAGCUAACCAUAUGACAUAUUGGUCCUCCAAUGUUAAUAUGCCAGUGGGAAAUCUGAAAUGUUAGACCAUGAUGGUGCUUUAGAAU